CUCGUGUGUGCACACUACACAGCGUAUCGCUCUCUCUCUCUUUCUCUCUCCUCUUCGCAUGUAAUCUUCUUCUCAACUUUCCCUAUUUAAUUUAUACAGUUUAUCCAUUCCUGUACAGAAAAGGGCUUUUCUCUUAGCAGUGUUGAAGCAAUUCGGAUCUCCUCUAUGAACUGUCGUUUUACUUGCUUAUAGUGCACUUUUUUGGAGACAAAUGAGAGGAAAAGGAAAACCAAUAGGUCAUUCUCGACCUAGAACUUGUUCUGGGAGGAAGGCACUGAAAAGGUGCAAGAAUAUUGGGAAAGCUGAUAAUGUUGUCCUCAUCGAUGUUGAUGGUGAUAAUAUUGAUAAUGUUAUUAUCAUAGACGUUCCCGACUCUUUACCACAGAAACAACAAGGUUCAAGUGUACCAAGAGAAGACAAAAAUUGUCCAUUGCAGAAUGUAAUUUGCAUUGAUGAUGAUGAAAGUGCUGAUAGCAACCAUCUUGGAAUUGGUGUCGACGGUGCCGAUAACUUUCAUAGUGAUGGCUCCUCUAGCACAAGACCUUGUCCCGUUUCCAACCAUUCCCUAGAUGCAGAUGGUGAUGAGUGUCAGUUUGUUCAGGAAAAUAUAUCUCCAAUAAAGAUAUCGAAGUGCAAAAGAACCUAUUCUGGGAAAGCUUCAACCAGAAAUCGUUAUGGUUUGAAUCCUGAGCCGGAGAGUUGUUCAUCUGAUAAUGAUUGUCCUGAUAGUGAGUUUAUGGAAGGUUCUUCUGGAAAGCUUCAAGAACAGUGGGAAAAAGCUUUCUUUAAAAGAAAGAAAGGUGUCUGCAGUGGUCAGUCUGAAGCUUCUAGGUCCCAUACUGAUGGUUGCCAAAAUGUCGAGGUAGAAAACAUGACUGAGCAACGUCCAAAAGCCCCGGUUUGUUCCAGUUCAAGCAAUGCCAGCUAUGAAAAAGAAGCCCACAAGUUCAGUAAUCAAGGUUCUUUUGGGAAUCUUCCAGAACACUGGAAAAAGAAUUUCUGCAAUGGUCAAUCUGGUGCAGGGAAUCAAGCUAGUGUUCUUAGGUUUAAUUUAGAUUCUCAACAAAAUGUUGAAGUGGAAAACAUGACUGAUUCGCAGACAAAUGCCCCAGGUUAUUCUAGUCCAAGUUCUCCUUUUACUGCAGCAGGUGAUGGCAAAUUGGGGAGCACUUCUCCUAAUCCAAUGAUGAAUUCUAAUGCUGAUUUUGAUUUGAAGUCAACAGAAGAAACACGAUUUUCUUGGAGUAAGGCUGAUGUUCGGGACAAAGGAGAGUCUUUCACAGCAGAUCCUCCCUCCAACUAUGCUGAGUGGCAACCCUGCAGACACUGCAAGCAUGGUGUCUCCUGUUUCUGCAGCGAAGAAAAACAAAGUUCUCGAGGACCUUUUUCUUCUACUCUAGAACAGGAUAAUGAGCAAGUUAAUCCUGCAAAAGAAUUUUCUCAUAUUAAGGAGAAAAACCCAUGGGCAGAAACUUGUUUGUCUAAUUCCGAGCCAAGGGUUGACAUAAAUUGUGGUCAUAGCAAAGCUAGUUUGAUGGUUGACGAGGUUUUUUCUAGCCAUAGCCAAUGGCUGGCUGAAUCUCUGGGUGAUCAUGGCAGAUUUGUCAAUAGAAACAAACGUAAAAAGUUUCAUCAGACAGCUUCCAGUUCUAAUGAAUUAAAACAAAAUAGCAGUAGUUUUGCUGAUAAGGAGAAAUCAGUGUCUGGAGAACCUUCAUUUCGGCAUACUCAAUCAUCUGAUGGAACUGGGGUUAAUCAUGGUGUUGUUUUUGACGAUGAAGUUGCGGCUGUUUCUGGAGGAACUUUCUGUAGAGGUCCAUCAUUGGUCAAGUCAGGAAUCAGUAAUGAAAAGGGUUUUUCUCAAGAAGUAGGGAAGUCUCUUCCUGAGGAACCAUCUUUCUGCAACUUUCAUCAUAAUGAAGCACAAACAUCUGUUGUACCUAUGUCUGAUAGUCAACAGCUUGAUGAGACGGAUAACUCAAUGAAUACACAAAACGGUGAUGUUACAGACACUGUUCAUAGUUGUUUGAUUAGUAAACGAGAAAAGCUGAAGGAAACUGAUGAAUAUAAACGAGCAAUAGAGGAAGAAUGGGCAUCUAGGCAGCGAGAAUUACAAAUUCAGGCAGAAGAAGCACAACAGUUGCGGCGGCUGCGGAAGAGGGAAAAAGCAGAAAGCAUGCGUCUGUUAGACAUGGAGAGAAGACAAAAACGACGUGUGGAGGAAAUACGAGAGACUCAAAAGAAGGAUGAGGAAAAUAUGAAUGUAAAAGAGCAACUUCGUGCUGAAGUUCGGAAGGAGCUUAAUAAGCUGGAAAUGGCGUGUCAUGAUAUGGCUUCACUUUUGCGUGGCUUAGGAAUCGAUGUGAGUGGGGGAUUUCAUCCCUUGCCAAAUGAGGUGCGUGUAGCUUAUAAGCGAGCCUUGCUAAGCUUUCACCCAGAUCGAGCUUUGAAAUCUGACGUUCGUCAGCUGGUUGAAGCUGAGGAAAAAUUUAAGCUUAUUUCUCGCAUGAAGGAGAAGUUUUUGUUAUGAUGAUUCUUGAUUAUGAAUACAAGGUUUGCAUAUUGAUUAGAUUUGAUUAAUCCUCUCACUGGUAUGGGUGAAUGUUGUGAAUCUGCCUUGUAUCCUUUAUGGUUUUCCAUGGAGCGGCCUUCAAGCUAUUACCUGGUCUUGUCCUACCGGGUAGACGAAUCAUUAUUUUGUGAAGCAGUUGUAGCCUUCUGUAUCUUCUAGCUAAAGCAUUGUUUUUUUCAUCCAAAGUUGAUUCACUUUGUGUGGGUGACCAUGAUUCUUGGGGAAUUAUCAUUUUUACCAAUUCAUUUAGUAGUUUUGGCAUAUGAAAACUGCUGAAUUCUAUGUAAUUAUUAGAAAAUAGAAUAUGCAACCUUUCAACCCAUGACUGAAGAGUGAAGGGUUGAUCAUGACCUAGCAUUCUUUGGAUCUUGUUGAGUUUGGUGACUGUCCCAAUUGUUUUGGACUAGAAUUUACUUUGAUAUGGGCUUUUGGGGAUGAAAAUGUUUCUGUAAGUUCGAGGAAUAUGUUUUUUUUUUUUUUUUUUUUUUU